AAGUCCCGUGACAAAUUUCAUUGGGACUUUUCUACGGCCGGGAGAGACUGAUGUUUCCUGCUUCUCUCUCGCCCGUCAGCCCGCCGUGUUACUGGAGCAGCGAAGGGUGAAGUCACACUCGGGUCGGCGGGUUAUUUGGGGGACUUCUGUCCUCCCCGGAACGGGACACAUGUUCCGUCCGUUGAACUACGGAAAUCGAUGAAAACCGCGUCAGAAUACUGGAAGUUCAGAAGGUUCAAAGCUGGUUCCGUGGCGUAACGUUUUUGCUGUGAGGGAAGUUAGCGCUCGCUGAUUCAGACCUGUUUCCAAAAGUAAGAGACUCUGUGGAUGUCUGGACAGUCAGGUGACUUGAGGCAGGACUCGGUCCAGAUGCUGAGGUCGAAAGCAUGCGCUGGGGUUGACUGGAGUUCACCAUGCCCCUCGAUCUUCUUCAGCUUGUUCGUCACAUGUGACAGACACAGCCGCACACAGAGAGAAGUAUAUGUGUGAUAUCCUCAUAGGAUAUCCACCGGCGAGGAUGUGUGCUUGAGCUGAGCAGGAAGAAAGCUAUUUCUGAUCCUGCGUAGUAGCCCGGCAUAUUUGUGCCUGUCAUCACACGUUGAUUCAUGUCAGGGCUCGAAUGCAGGGGAUAACUGGGCUUAAACUGAAGUACUGACCCAGAAUGGGCACGGGCCAGCAGUGUACUUGAAGUCUUAUCUUUGAGGACACAAUUGCUUGACGAACUUUGCGCCCUUGAAUGCCGACUGCCCCAAAGAUGGAGGAGCAAUCCGGUCUCCCCAACGUCAGCAUACCCUGCCACAACGAGCAGAGGGACAAGAAGAAGCGUUACACGGUUUACAAAGUGAUAGUUUCUGUUCAACAACAGGAAUGGUUCGUCUUCAGGCGAUACGCCGAAUUUGACAAACUCUACAACACAUUAAGAAAACUGUUUCCCUCUAUGAACCUGAAAAUUCCAGCAAAGCGGAUAUUCGGGGAUAAUUUUGACCCCGAGUUCAUCAAGCAGAGACGAGCAGGGUUGCAUGAGUUCAUCAAGCGGAUUGUCUCUCAUCCUCAGCUGUGCAAUCAUCCAGAUGUGAGGACCUUUCUACUGAUGGAAAAAAUACAAAACUCUUCAGAUGCCUCUGAGGAUGAAGAUGACAAAAACAGCUCUAUCUCCAGAAACAUUAACCUGGGACCCUCUGGAAAUCCACAUGCCAAGCCCACAGACUUUGACUUUUUAAAAGUCAUAGGAAAGGGGAGUUUCGGGAAGGUCUUCCUUGCAAAAUUAAAACAUGAUGAAAAGUAUUAUGCAGUCAAGGUCUUACAGAAAAAGGUCAUUCUCAACAGAAAAGAGCAAAAACACAUCAUGGCAGAGCGCAACGUGCUGCUGAAGAACGUGAAACACCCUUUCCUGGUCGGGCUUCACUAUUCCUUCCAGACUGCAGACAAGUUGUACUUCGUCUUGGACUUCAUCAAUGGAGGAGAACUUUUCUUCCAUCUCCAAAAAGAGCGGACCUUUCCAGAGCCCAGAGCAAAAUUCUACAUUGCCGAAAUGGCAAGUGCACUGGGAUAUCUGCACUCCCUCACGAUUGUUUACAGAGACUUGAAGCCAGAAAACAUCCUCCUUGACCAAGAAGGGCACAUCGUGUUGACAGACUUUGGAUUGUGCAAGGAAGGCAUUUCCCAGACGGACACCACCUCUACAUUUUGUGGCACACCUGAGUAUUUGGCUCCAGAGGUCCUGAGGAAGCAACCAUACGAUAAUACUGUAGACUGGUGGUGUCUGGGUUCAGUGCUCUAUGAAAUGCUCUUCGGCCUGCCGCCAUUCUACAGCAGGGACACGCAUGAGAUGUACGACAACAUCCUCCACAAGCCACUGGCGAUGCGUCCUGGUGCGUCCAGCACCGCCUGGUCUCUCCUCCAGGCCCUGCUGGAGAAAGACGGCACAUACCGACUAGGGUCCAGAGACGACUUUAAUGAGAUCAAAGCACACAACUUCUUCUCCUCCAUCAACUGGGAUGACCUUGAACAAAAAAAGAUCCUUCCCCCAUUCACACCCAAAGUGAGCUCUUACUUUGAUAUCUCCAACUUUGACCCCGAGUUCACUGAGGAGAUGGUCUCCAGCUCUGUCUGUUGGUCUCAAGAACAUUCCAUAGUCAACGCCAGUGUAAUGGAGGCUGACGACGCCUUCGUGGGCUUCUCUUACGCCCCGCCCUCCGAUGACUCUUUCCAGUGAAACCUUCCUUGCGAGGUCUUCAGACGCCUUAACCGCUUUGUAACUUAUUUUGAUUAAAGGGAAGAAAUUGAUUCCAUGGAUGAAUUUGUUCGAUGAAGCCAAAGCAAGCAGCUGAGAUGAAGAAGCACUAAAACAUAUUUUGAUCGGAACAAGUUUCAGAAAAGUCUGUAUUUUUUACCUAUUUGUAUUUAUAUAAAUAUAUAUGAACAUAAAAGAUCAUAUUUUUAAGAAUUCAGGAAGAACAUUUUGCUAUUAACGGAAUUUCUGGAGGUUUUCAAAAAUGACCCUUUACAAAGCCUUACAUUUGAUCCUUAGUUGACACUUUCAAUGGACCUGAUAUAACACAAUUGACUGUUUAUGGAACGGGUGUUUGUCCAUGUAAUUACUGUAAAAAUGAACUCGUAUCAUAUUCAUAUUAACUAAGUUGGAAAUAGGGAGUACUUGAAAGUCCACUGAAUUAUGCAUUUUUGGUUUAUAGGUCACGUUUCUAAGAAAUAAAUCUACCUUUUCAGUUACUUUUCAGUUUGUCUUGUUGAGUACCGAGAGAAUCUUUUAUUGCUGGAAUGUCUGUGUUUAUUUUUGUGCUAUUUUCGCCUUCACAUUUAAUUCAUAAUUACAAACAGAUCUAAAUGCACAAUGCUCUGCUUUAUGUUAUUUAAUAGUCCUAUACUCCUAUAAAGUAAUAAUAAAAAAAAUCUAUGAAAUAA